UCAACUCCCAACAGGAGCUCCCCAGCGUACCAAUCCCAGAAAGCACCCUCGGCUCGUGACGGACAUCUUCCUCUCCUCUCAGACUCCAAAGUAAUACCCUGGAGAUCCCAACAACUCCCUGACUCUUCUUUCACAUCUCUUCACAAAGCCCCUUCUCCAAAACCGCCACCAUCAACCCCUGAUCAUGGGAAUCAGAACAAAGAGUUAACCUUAAAAGCUGACGGAUGCGGAGAAUUCACGACACAGUGCAUGUCAGCCCAGUCGGUGACACCUCGGCCAAGCCGUCUCCCUGCUAUGCGUCCUGUCACCAACCUCAGCUUCUCUCGCAGCUUCACUUUCUCUUUCUUUGAGCUUCCUCUGCACCAGUCGCCUCAGUGGCGUCCUGAACGCAUGAGGAACCUUAUGCAGCUUUUGAGACAAACACACUACUGAGACAAAUCGAGCAAUUACAAAAACAAUAUGUUGUCGCUAUGCAAAGCAAUUUAAGACGAUGAUAAUAUGGGUGGUUUUUAUCUUCUAUUUCUCAAAACUUCAUCACUUUUAGAAACGAGUGGCUUGCUAAAAUCUCUUACAACCCUCGAAGGCCAGCGUAAUUUGGGUUGUGGCGCAUGCAGGAGGUGUCAAAAUUGCAGUGCAAGCUAAUAACUUAGCUCAUUGACACAUAUAACAAGAUUAUACAAUUUAAUCACAAGAUAUAUUGAAUUCUAAUCCGUUACAUUACUAGAAGAAUACAGUGUAAAUUACAGUUGCUACUGGAAACUUUCAUUAUCGUAAUUUUACUUAGUUAACUUGUAGUUACACAUGAAGACAGAAGAACAGACUCCCCCCCCCCCCCCUCAUAAUGUUGAACUUUUUAUUUUUGGAAUUGUGCACAUUUGUCAUUGGAUCAAUUUGUAUUCUCCACAUGCAGUACUCGUAAAAUGCAAAAAAAAAAAAAGGCUUUUUUUAAUUAUGGAUUUUUGGAUGGUGUUUUUGCAGUUUGUCUAAAGAAAAGAUUUAAUUGUUCCAAAUCAAUGAUGGUUUUAAUCCACUUUUUUUUUUUUUCCCCCAAGGAAACAUUCAAGGUUGGCAGCACGGUGGAUCAGCUGUAAAGUGUUGGCCUCACAGUUUUCAGGUCCAGGGUUAGAUCCUGACCCCUGUGUGGAGUUUACAUGUUCUCCCCGUGCCUGUGUGGGUUUUUCUCCGGGCACUCCUGUUUCCUCCCACAUCCCAAAAGCAUGAAACAUUAAUUGGGCACUCUUAGCAUUGAAAUGCGCUGGUUUAAGCGGGGGAACCUUCCGUGCUCUUGCGCCGAAGUGUGAUAGUAAGUGCGACCGUUUUCUGUCUCUAUGUGCCCUGCGAUUGGCUGGCAACCAGUUCAAGGGGUACCCCGCCUCCUGCCUGUUGACAGGUGAGAUAGGCUCCGGCACUCCCGCGUAAUUUGUGAGCAUACGAUAAGCGGCAAAGAAAAUGGAUGAAUGGACAAUCAAGGUUCCUGUUGAUACAUUCAUUCAAAAUUAAGAAAAAUACUGAAAUGUGAAUCAAGUGUUUUAUUUCUUUGACAAUGUCACUGAAAUAGUUACAUUAUCACUAUUUUAACAGGAUAACUUGUAAUUCGUAGCCAGCUACAUGUCCAAUGUUCAGUAAUCUCAGUUUCUCUGAAACGACGGAUGUGGGUAGGAAGAAUGUGGCUGCGGAUAUCUGAAAUGUUCUUUUUAACUGCGGCAAAACCGAAUAACAGAUAUCUGCAUCACAUCCGUCGCGGCUGUUGUAAAUAUUCUUGCAGGGCAUUGUGGGACUUGUAGUUUACAGACUGGCUAUUUUAGAUGUGUCCGUGUUAUUGUGUCCCAAAUAAAGGGGCAUCACAUCACAUUACAAGUUUUAUGUUUCUUAUUAUUUGAAGACAAUGUCGGAAAUUAAAACCAUUGGUAAAGAACACACUUUCCUCAUUUCCGUUACCGCAGGGACACCCAAAAGAAUAAAGAUGCAGUGGAAUUUUAUAACUUUUAAACUGUCUUCAUCUAUUCCGAUACUUUACUGUACUUCUGAAUUCUGUACCACUUGCCAUAGAUACUUUCCUGUGCUUCCACACCGUGGGAACAUGACUGGAUAUGUUCUGCUUUUGGGGGUUGUUGUUGUUGUUUUGCAUGUUUGUCGCGGGACUCGCCCUCGUGCCACGUCACGGCGCUUUACGCUUGUUUUGAUUGCCCUUACUUUUUUUUUUUUUUUUUUUUAAACUGAGUAGCCGUGUUCGGGGGACAUUAGUGAGGAAACGUGAGCUUGAAAACCACUCCAAGUGCUUUUGACCAUGUGUCGUGUCGUACUAAAUCGCAUCUUUCCAUCCAUUUCCAAACGGACCUCAAAAGAGGGUUGCGGAGCGAGAGUACGGAGGUGGUGGCUUUGGAGAAAACUGGGUUGUAAACGCUCUGCAGCGUCCACAGUUCAAGGCUGUUCCCCUCCGGACUCACGUGUAAUUUUGUUUGCCUUGCUCGCCUCUCUCACUUUGGCAAGCGAACUCUUGCUGCUAUCCCUCAAUGAGGUCAUCUUUUCUCCCGCUUUCACUUGUGUUGCAAAACCUCGAGCCACAAUGAACGUGUGCCCUCAGUGAAAGUGAAAGUCCUCGUUUUUAGCAGUAGUCUCUUUUUCAAAUGGAGGACACUGAGCAAAGUAGCCUCGCUGACAACGGGCAUCUCGUCGAGCCUCUGAAUGAGGCCCAGUUGGACGUCGUUGGCCAGCGAGUAGACAGCUCCAAUUCCUUCUCCGAGAGGGUUAAGACGCAAUGCCGGUGUUCUGGCUCCAGGUUAAGGAGCACUCUGCUGGGCUUGUUUCCCAUCCUGUCAUGGUUGCCCCGCUACUCCAUCAGAGAGAGCGCAAUUGGAGACCUGGUGUCUGGGCUCAGCGUGGGCGUCAUGCAUCUGCCACAGGGUAUGGCCAACGCCAUGUUGGUCGGGAUUCCUCCGGUUUUUGGCCUCUACACGUCUCUCUACCCACUGAUCAUCUACUUCAUAUUUGGCACUUCCAGACAUCUCUCCUUAGGAACUUUUGCUGUCCUGGCCAUCAUGAUUGGGUCUGUCCCAGCCAUUGCGGAGUUGCCUAGCAAUGGUGCAGAUGUGGUGGCUGCUAAAGUAAACAUAGUUGCCCAACUUACCUUGCUCUGUGGUCUCAUUCAGCUACUUUUGUAUCUGCUGCGGUGCGGGGCCGUGUGCCGCUGGUUGUCUGAUCCCCUCAUCAGGGGCUACACAACAGGUGCUGGCCUGCAUGUGGUCGUCCUGCAGCUCCCCCUCAUGACUGGAGUCUUCGCACAGAGACACACUGGACUGAUGGCUUCCGCCUGGACAUUACAUGAUGUCCUUUAUGGGAUAACCAGCGUGAUACCAGGAACUCUGUCAGUCUCUGUGGUUUCCAUGGUGAUACUCAUUGUGGGCAAGGUGCUGAAUCAACAUUUUAAAAGCAAGCUCCCAGUGGCCAUACCUUGGGAAGCUAUACUGAUUGUCCUGGCUACUGUGGUAUCGGCGAAGAUGGACUUGGCUGGACAACACAAAGUCCAGGUGGUCGGAGACAUUCCCUCUGGCCUGUCGUCCCCCAUCCUCCCCUCUCUCUCCUUGGUCAGAGAACUGUUCAUUCCGGCCUUGUCGGUCGCUCUGGUGGGGUUCAGUUUCCUCUCAACGAUGGGCUCAGUGUUUGCCCACAAACAUGGCUACCACUUCGACUCCAGUCAGGACCUGCUGGCUCUGGGUUUGUGUAACUUCAUAGGAUCCUUGUUCCAGUGUUUUGCUGUCAGCUGCUCCUUCUCACGCAGUAUGGUUCAGGACAGCAUCGGUGUCAAAUCACAGAUGUCAGGCUUGGUGUCAGCCCUGAUGAUUUUAAGCAUUUUGCUGAAGAUUGGUCAUCUUUUUGAGCAGCUGCCAAAGGCAGUGUUAGCAGUGGUCAUUGUGGUGAACCUGCAGGGGUUACUGGGUCAAUUUAAAGAUGUUGUUCUAUUAUGGAAGUCUGAUAGAUAUGAUCUGCUCGUGUGGGUGGCAUCACUGAUUUCAACCCUAGUCCUAAACUUGGAUUUAGGUCUGGCAGUGGCUAUUGCCAUCUCUCUGCUUAUGCUCAUCUAUAGAACACAACGUUUCACCAUUGCAGUGUUAGGUCACGUUCCUGGCACAGAUUGUUACAGAGAUGUGCAGCUCUACUCUGAGGCAAAGAUGGUUCCCGGAGUUACCAUAGCCUGUUGUCCCUGUCCAAUUUAUUUUGCUAACUCUGAACUGGUCUUCACUGAGAUCACACAGCUCGUGAGUCGUGCUCAGAAAGAGAAUCCAGCAAGAGUCCGAACCUCUGUGUUGUCCUCCUCCGUCCAGUUACUGACAGACAGCCAUUGCUUGAUUCUGGAUCUCAGCUCGGUCAACUUCAUGGACUCUAUGGGCAUGAAAGCACUUUGCAAGCUUGUGGAGAACUUUGAAGCCCAGAGUAUCCGUGUUUUUCUGGCCUCUUGCCCCGAGAGCCUUUUAUCCCAGCUUCGAUAUCAGGGAUGCAUACCUCAAAGUCUGCCCAGGUCCUCUGUCUUUCCAUCCGUCUAUCACGCCAUUCGUCAGUAUAUCAGCACCCUGCCUGUCCUUCUUGAGUUCACCCAAAUAAAAUGGAAAUCCAAGAUGAUAAAAGACAUAAGAUUGUUAAGAGAUGCUACUGCAUGCUCCAGAAAUAAGUCCUCAUCAUCAUCAUCAUCAACUGGAGAGUGGCGAGAAACAAAAUGACUCCAACAGCUCAAGGAUUGAUGAUGAAAACGAGAAGAAAUCUGUUUCAGCGUCGCUUCCAAGUGGUCUAUAGUGACUUGCAAGGAGCUGUAGGGACUCUGGCAAAUACUUUCCAAAUGCUGUCUGACAAGAAUUAAUUUUUGUCUUUCAAGGUGAUAAAGCUUGGAAUUAUAGGGACAAUUUUGAAGCAGAGUGUUGCAAAAAAUUAUUUCCAAAUUCUUGUGGAAAAUGACAAACACAAUCCAUCCUGAGAUGCUGGUCAAACUCCGAUUUGCUCUGAAACAAAAUGUUUGUUCGUUCCAGAUUCAAACUUUUGGCAUUAUACAAUCUGUACCAUCUGUGCAGGUAAUAAAACAAAAGUGUAACUUAACUGGUGUUAAUACAUUACUUUAAAGCAUAUCUUAAUUGAUUGAGAUGGGGGCAUAACAACAGCUGCAUUUAAACCUUCUGGCAAAUUAAACAAAGAGGCUUAUACGUUGUAUAUUCAAAACGGUCCCAUAACACUGCCUUCCUCUAAUAUAAUGCCAACAAAUGUAUUACCCCAUUGGCAGACUAACGGAUUGUAUUGAUAGUUGCAGUGUGACAGUCCUUUAAUAAACAGCUUUUGUACAUAAACAGUGCAUCAACACACAGAUAAUAAAACAAUACGCAGAUGUUUUCUUUAUCCUCUACAUAAAAUGAUUAUUAUUGCAAUUUACAAAAUCCCUGUAACUGUGAAGGUUUUCUUUGUGUCUUCAUCUUAUUCUGCCCCAGGUGGUUAAAUUACAUACACCCAAAGGAGAGGCAGUGAAUUAAUCAUGAUGCGCAUUUUUUUUCAACAUUCAAGCUUUCUGUUAUUACUGUGAUAGACUGUUGUAGCGAGCAAUUUUACUUAUUAAAAAUCACAUGACAAACUUUUUGUUUUCUUUGUUUGUUUUGUUGGGGAGGGGAUUUGGGACAAGUUCAUGGUAUUUCCGUUUAGUUUAACAAGGAUAGUUGAUUUAAGAUGUGAGUGUUUUGAUUUCCAAGUAUGGCCACGGAACAAAUUUAACGCCUAUCUAAAGUCACAUCUGUGGAAAGACUGAUUGUACAGUACCGUGUCACUUUGCUUAAAAAAUUCAGGUACAAUCUAUGAUGAUCAUGGCCGAAAUAUGUAAAACAUGCAGGAAUUUUUAAGUAUUUGGACACUAAUUGACCCCAGUAUGAUUAAACAAUUUCAAUAUGUCUUCUGGAAAAUGAACAAUUCAAUAACACAUCUUAAGUGAGGGUGUGAGAAGACAGUUCUCCGAACAACAUUUUUUUUUUUUUUUUUUUUGACUGAGUGUUAUUGUUUCUCCUGCCCGGUUCUUUAUCUGUUUUGAUAGUAAUCCAGUUGGCAUCAUGUUUUCGACCGUGUGGUGUAAUCAUUGGACAAGAUCAACCCUUACUCCACUCCAAUGGCUCACUAAUCUAAUCUCUCUCGGAUACAAGAUAUGACGAGAGCUCAGUGAGUCAAAAGAGGGAAUUUAACUGUGGUCAGCUAUUUCUUCUGACAAAGAAAAAUUCAGUGAAGAGCUGCCCUGUUUGGAGCGGAUGGAAAACUCUUCAACCAAUUACAUUUAAAGCCCGCAGCCUGAAUUGCACACAGGAAGGAUUCAUUUGUCAUGAAGUGUACAUUCAGUCUUAGGACCUAACAAACUAUUUUACUUAGUUGGAGGAGUUCAACAUAGGUCCACAUCAUCUGGCAAAGGAAAAAUAACCUGAGGACUCCACUUAAACCCAGUACAAACACUUUGGGAUUUGUUUUCAAUUUUUGGACACAUCAGGAAAAUACAAGGUAAUAACUUGCUGCAUAUACCCUGUUUGUAUUAUAAAUGAAACAAUAAUCUCUGUUUUAAGGAAUAUUGAUCCAACGGGUCUUGUGAGCCUUCUUUGUUGUUAUGGCAAAGAGGAGAGAGCCAGAUGGGAGGAUCCACAAGGAGGAACUGGACGAAGGAUUUGUGGAGAAACGCGCUCAGAAUUUGCCAUCAAAAUCUUCUGUAUGUUACAAGGUCACAAAUUC